CCUCUGUGUUGAGAGCCUUGCUCUCAGUACCCAGCAUAGGAUGCUCCCCUAUCUUUACCUGUUCCCCCAGACGUCAGGGUCAAUAGCUUCUGGGGUUCCUUCUGCACUGCAGACCAGAGGGGCCAAUAACCAAGGGCCAAUAAGGUGUGACCAACUGCUGCAAUGAGCUCCACUCCCUUGGGAGGGGGCAGUGAUGCCCUCUAGAUUAGCAAGGCCAUUGAGUCAAGAUUACUGAAGUAACUCCCCACACUGGGCCUGAUGCUCUUCCUCCUCACGACCCCGUGGUGCUAUCUAGAUAUUCCCGAGGCUGGUAAGCAGUGGAAACCUAGCUGUCAGGAUCUCGGGGCUCUGUCUUGAGUAAGGACACCCUACUCUGCUAGGGAUCGGGCUGAGUUUUCUCUCACUUGUGUCCCUGGAAGAGAGAAAAUGGGGAAGAGGCAGGCAGCUGCAUCACCUGGCUCCCUCCUGUCCAGGUUCUAUGCUCAAUCAUGGUGCUGAGUAGUUCUACCAUCCUAGGGCCUUUGUGCGGAUGGCAGAAGUGAUUGGCCUAUGGGUGAUUCUGCGUCCAGGCCCCUACAUCUGUGGUGAGAUUGACCUUGGAGGCUUACCUAGUUGGCUACUGCAGGACCGCAAGUCCCGACUGAGGACAACAGACAAAGGCUUUACUGAAGCAGUGGACAGGUAUUUUGAUCAGCUGGUUCCCAGAAUGGCUCCUCUCCAGUACCAUCAGGGAGGUCCCGUCAUUGCAUUCCAAGUGGAGAACGAAUAUGGUGCAUAUAAUAAGGACAAACACUACAUGUCUUAUAUCCUAGAGGGCCUGCUAAAAAGAGGGAUUGUGGAGCUUCUAUUGACGUCUGAUUUUCUGGGUCAUUCAACAAAAGGCUACGUUAAAGGAGCAUUGGCCACCGUCAAUAUAAGAAAACCUGGUAGGAAACUUUCAAAAGAGCUGUCUCAAUUACAGGGAAAUAAACCCAUUCUGGUUAUGGAACUCUGGAUUGGCUGGUACGACUACUGGGGUGCAGAGAAACACUUUGUUAGAAACACACGUGACGUUGAACAUACUGUGUCUGAAUUUAUCCAAUACAACAUAUCCUUCAAUGCAUAUAUGUUCCACGGAGGGACCAACUUCGGUUUCAUGAACGGGGCUGUAUACGACAGUGACAUACACAAGAGUGUUGUCACUAGCUAUGGCAAGUGUUUCCACACCUCCACAGCUCUACUGGGAUUGCAAUGGUAUUGAAAAAACUCUCUGAAAGUAUUCUGGAAUCCUUGGGUCAAAGUCUAUGCCCUGUGCUGAGUGUUGAGCACAUCCUUGUCUACACUCUGUUUUCUGUGAUGCUCAUAAUGUCCCAUCUGGCUGUCAUCGCACUUGAAGGGUGCCAUCGCACCUAGGAUUUACAGCUCUGCUUCCCUCAUUUGUGCACUGCCCCUGGCGUGGACCUCUAAGAGGACACAAAAGGUGAUUUUUGUGAGGCAAAGAUAGAGCUGUUCAAUUCAGAUCAAGGGAAGGAAAACACAUCCAUUAGAGUUAGAUAAAAGGACAACCCCAAUGUCCUGGUUACUAUAGGGUCCCAGGAACGAUUGUGGGGUGUUCCUAGAUUGGCACGAUUUGCCCAUCCUCAGCCUGGAAUACAAUAUUCUGAGAGAAGGGAGGUAUGCCUUCCUCUGUGUCCCUCUCAGCGGGCCUGCCCCAUCCGUGCCCAAGGCAGACACAGGAACUUGUGCAGAGGCUGCAUCACCCUUCACAGGACCCUGUGUG